CAGAUAGCAAGCAAAAUCAACCGAUAUUCUCGCCGAAAUUCUUCUAUAUAAAUGAUCAAAUCUGAUUAUUGAUUCAGAAAUUGUGAGAUAUGAAGACUCUGAAACUAAAUGAUAGUGCAGAGGACUGGCUGAGCAAUUUACCUGAUUCUGUUGUUCUUCACAUAUUCUCUUUUCUGAAUGCCAAACAAGUUGUUCAGACGUGUGUUUUAUCCAAAAGAUGGGUCAAUCUCUGGAAGUAUCUUCCCACACUUAACCUAUUUUCUUCAGACUUCGACAAUUUCGAUAAUUUCAUCAGAUUUGUCACUAAUAUUCUCCGUCAUUGCUAUCGCGAUCCCUCCACUUCACUACACACACUCGAUUUUCGCCACAAUGGCGGCCUAAUUUCCCACCUCGACGUCGGCCUGAAUCCCGAUCUCUUCAAUUCGAUAUUAGAUUAUGCUGUCUCACACAAUGUCAAGCAAUUACGAAUGAAUGUCAAAUGUGAUAUUAAGGUCUUUCCGUCUUGUAUCGCUUCAUACCACGGUUUAACAUCUCUUAACUUUUUUGUCCCACCGAGAAACCCUAGAAAUCGUCGUGGUAAAAUAUUAUUUCCAGACUCUCUCAAUAUGCCAUCAUUGACUUACUUGAAUAUAGGUUUUGUGGCCUUUCAUGGCGGAGUUGAUUAUUUUUCAACUUUUCCCAAAUUGAAUAGAUUGCUUAUUUGUCACUUUCAUAUUUUGGGUGCACAAAAUCUAUGCAUAUCAAGUAACACCCUUGAUGGAUUAGUCAUACAAAAGUAUUCUAAACCCCGGGUCCAUUGCAAAAUUGAGCUAUCUACCCCAAGUCUCUCUUCUUUUGUUUUUAUUGGUACUCCGUUUCAGAUAGUGCAUCGAAGCCAUCUCGGUUCUCUUAAACAGAUGGAGAUUUACUUGGAUAAAAUAGUGAAUUAUGGAGAAGCUCCCUCGGCUCUGCUCAACUUGUUUCAAGAACUUGCUGAUAUUAAAUCAUUGGUGUUGUAUUCUACUAGUCUUCAUGUUCUCUCCUUAUUUCCUGAUGUAUGCAAGGUUAAACUCAAUUCGUUGCGCAAGUUGAAGACAUUGAUAAUAAAAGAGAAAGGAAUUUCAUCUACUUUAUCUGGGUUAUUGAUUAAUGCCAAAUUAGCUCAAAAGCCCGACAGAUCACAGGAAGAAGUUGCCAAGUUAACAGAAGAAUUGAAAGAACAAUCUUCAUCCAUACCUAGUGAAAUAAUUGGAUUUUUGCUUCAAAAUUCAGCUUCGGCAAAAUUUCACAUCAUUAAUUAGAUGAUCCAAAAGGUGAAAUGUGCA